AUGAGCGUUCACCCCGGCGAUGUCGCUGCUGGUGCAACUGUGCGGAGCGGCAAGAAGGCUCAGAAGGCCUGGACUCAGCCAGAGUUCUCCGACUUGCGGCGGGAUGGGUCCAGUAAGCCCGCCCCCCCUACGGAAACCCCUCCGCCGCUGGAGGCUGACGAGCUCCCCGUCAAGAAGCGCGCGUCGGGCCUUUCUGCGCUGCUCCCACCAGCUACGGCAAAGGUGUCGCCAUCCCCGAGCCAGCGCGAGGCAACUGGGAGUCCAAAGCAGCACGACACCAAAUCCUUGAUGCAAGAGGAAGAUUCGCAGCUGUCCAUCGGCGUGGGCGUUCGCCUCGCCGACGUGAACUUGAUCAUCAUCGGGGACUGCGCCGAGGCCAGGGAACUGUUGCGCCGAAGGCGCCUGACAGGUGGCCGGGCGUGCUUGCUGUGGACCAAUAGGAGGCCCCGGGAACCGCGCGUCCAGACGGAGGCUGUCAAUGUGGAUCUGCACAGCGCAAUGCUCGACAUGGCCAGCUUUGUGUGGAGCCCUCCCCCUUUGAGCACAUCCGCCACCCGCGCGGUGCAAGAGAUGAGGAGGAAACAUGGCUGUUCUGCAAAGGGCAUGAGCCGCUUCGGACCGGACAUUCUUGACCUCAGGGAUGUGGAGUGCUACCGCGUGCUGGUGGACAAGUUCGGCAAUGAGUGUGGCAUCGAGGUUUAUGACGAAUUCAGAGGCAACUUGCUGUGGGCGCUAUCAGGUGCCGUGGUGUUUUGCGGAGCGUCUUUCGUGGGCAAGGCCCCAGUGGUUUGCUCAUCCAUGGGCCAGGCAGCGCGCCUGGAUGUUUCCGUCGACUUUGAGGAGGCCAAGCCCCUUGUGACGACCACCCACGGAACGGUCGCCGCUGCUUUCUUGCAGAACUUCCUGUUCCUUGUGGUGUACUUGUGGAUCAUGGGGCAUUUCGAAGCACGGGCCGAUGCAAGUGUGUGGCCGUGGUGGCGGCUGUCUUGGGCUGCCGUCGGCUUCUUUUUUGGCUGGGGCUUCUUCCCGCAGUAUUGGGGCAUCACCCUCGGUGGCCGAGUGCUGCCCAUCUGGUUCCGCAUCUUCGGCUCGCUCUGCAACUUCCUCUGCAACUUCCUGCUGCUCCUUCCCUUGCAGUGGACCCUGGACCGAUCGAGCACAGCGGGGAUGAUGACAACGUGCGCUGUGUUUACCACCUGUGUUGGGGGAUGCUCGACCUACUUGUUCACAUCCAUCUGCGUGCUCAUUGCCUUCCACCGCUUCAGCAGAGGUCAGACGCGGCUCGACUGGCUCCGCCAUUCUGCUUGGACCUUCGCACACCUGGUCACCACUCUCGGAACCUGGAUCUUCCUUUAUGGCAUUGCCCUCAUCUACAUCUACGUGCAGGCAGCAUCUCCCCAGUUGGCGGCCGUGUUCCUUGCAUUUUCCACGAGUGGCACGGAGAAGUGCGUCAGCAAAGUCUUGAACUUUUCUUACACGACCUUCAUCUACACACCUCGCUGCUCCAUCAACGGCAGCAAAGACAUUCGCGGAGACCAGCGUCGCUUUCUGACCAUUCCAGUGGCGAUAACACAUGCGUAUUGUGAAGCUGUUCGCCUUGUGAGCUUGCUCUCCGUGACCGUUCGGAAUCCAGGUUGGGAGUGGCUGCCGAGCAUCCUGUUGAACACCGGCGUGAACCUCAUGGAGCGGACGCAGUUGAUGCUGAGCCUUGCUGUGCGGAUCCUCCCAUGGUGCGACUGGCUAUGCCCAGGCUUGAGCGUGGUCAUCUUGCAUGACGUGAAGCUGCAUUGUGGAUACGCGCAGUACGUCGCUGUGCUCGCGCUGCUCGUGGCUGGAGCCGGUUACGGUGGCAUGAGUACGGCGUCCAUCUUCAAUGUCCACGGCCUUCUCCUGAUUUUCUGCUGCAUUCUUCUGGAAGUGAUGGAAGAUGUGCUGGUGCAUCUGCUGCCACGCAGCGACUACUGGCGGCGCAGGCUAUCUCCUUACUACGAGAAGCAGCCGCUGAUGCACCCGAAACAGCUCGUGCUCAUCGACCAUCAAGGCAGCAACUUCGAUGCAGUGCCGCUGGCUCUGCACGGUCAGCGAUCGCUCGACCUAGCCGAGGUCUGCUUGCUCAUGUGGCCAAGCUCGCUGUUCACGUAUGUGCUCAUGACGCUUCUGCUAGGAGCUGGCUACGUGCACGGUGUUUGUGAUGCACCUAUCCCGCGUGAGUUGCGGGUGCUUGAUGCAUUGAUUUGGGAAACUCCGCUACGCUGCGCCUGA